AUGUCACAGGAGAAGAUCUUGGACGCAAAUUCGUCGGAAGAACAGGCCGAACAUGCGUCUGACCUGUUCCACAUCGACUUUAGCCACACUGGUCAUCCAUUAGCUAUUCUUACCUCAAUUCUUCUUAUAUCUCUCAUGAAAAUAGUGCUCGCACGAUUUCAUCGGGUACCACAUUCGGUAUUGUUACUGGGUUUCGGAAUAGCUACGGGUUUUUUCCUUUCACUUAUAUUUGAAGAUGAAAUUUACUUACGACCUUCUUGGUUCUUUAUCUAUUUACUGCCUCUCAUUGUUCUUGAAGCUGGAUAUUUUUUGAAGAACAAGCAGUUUUUCCGAAAUAUUGGAACAAUUUGUACCUAUGCUGUUGUUGGAACCUUAUUCAAUACGGUCUGCAUAGCUUUGAUGCUAUUCCUCCUUCGCGAUACAUUCUCCAUCCCUUUGUCCUUCCUCGAGAUAGCCGUCUUUGCUACUCUCAUAUGUGCUGUAGAUCCUGUUGCAGUUUUAUGCGUGUUCGAGGAUAUACAUGUGAACGAGCUGCUCUACAUUUGCGUAUUUGGUGAAAGUCUCCUGAAUGAUGCUGUUACCAUAGUGAGUUCGUAG